CAGUGGGGUUGGAGGGUAGUGGUCUAAUUCAAAAAUCAGUAAGACCUAGAGUUUGGAUAGAUAUAAGGCAUUGAAAGAGAAGUCAGAGUUAAAAAUAAGCUGCAUGUUUUGGGCUUGGGCAACUUAGUGGAUGGUGAUGCCUGUCUUAACAGCCCCAAGGAAAGUGUCGCCUUGGUCUGCAGUGUGAGUACUAGGCUUGUCAGACUUUGCAGGAAUUACUCUUUAGUCAUCAUGCUAUUUGUUGACAUCAGUGCACACAUCUCUCUUCACAAAGGUACAUGGUAUGAGGGCUACAGUAUUGACUUUGUCCCUACCUGUGGAAAGGUGGCUAGGUGGGUGGUGACUUCCAAAUCAUGGCCUCCUGGCCAUGGUGAUCUGUGUGACCUACAUUCCUCAAUUGCUUGGAGAACGGGAAGGCCAAGAUUGGUGAUACCUCUUCCUUUAAAGAAAAUGGAACAGCUGAAUAAUACUUUCUGUCACUUUCCCACAAAUUCUUCAAACAACACAAGCCACUCAGCAUCAAAAUGCUCUUCUCCAGUGAAGAGACAGCACCUUGCCUAUUUCCUAGCAAACCCACACUAUGGCAGCCUCAUUAAUGCAGAUGGCCAUGCUGAAGUAUGGACAGAUUGGAAUGAUACAUCCAAGUUUUUCCAGUAUGGAUGGAGAUGUACCACCAAUGAGAAUGCCUAUUCAAACUGUACCCUGAUGGGAAACUGGAACCAGGAAAGAUAUGACCUAAGGAAUAUUGUGAAGCCCAAACCCUUGCCUUCCCAGUUUGGACACUACUUUGAAACAACAUAUGAUACGAGCUACAACAACAAAAUGCCACUUUCAACUCAUAGAUUUAAGAGAGAGCCUCACUGGUUUCCAGGACAUCAACCGGAACUGGAUCCUCCUCGGUACAAAUGCACAGAAAAGUCAACUUACAUGACCAGCUACUCAGAGCCUCAAACUGGGCAUCACUCCCCAUAUAUGUGGAAUCGUAGUAACUGCCAAUUUGAGGGUCCACGGUUCUAAGAAAGAAUAAGAACCUUCAUUUUUCCAGAGUAAAUUGUAGGACGGAGCAUAUUCUAAGCACAACUAAGAAUCUAGCUGACUAUAACAGUUUCACUCUCUGAAUAAAGAAAGCACAGAAAAAUAUUCCCUACCCUCUUUUUUGUUUUAAUCAAGACUUAGAUGUCAGAUUUAAGUUAAUAUCUGCUCUUAGUUCUACAUUACAAGGUUGUAGUAGGAGGAGAUGAAAAGAAUUAGUUCAAAUCUGCUACUACUUUGCCCCUCCCUACCUUCCAUCCAACGUGGAACUCCAAAAUCCAGCCUGAGUUUGGUUAUCAUUGGCUAGGUGCUUCCUGGAUGUGAGCCUGGCAGUCACAGUCAGAUAUUGUAACUCUUUUGUGACCUUAAUGAACAUGCCCUCCUAGGACAAAAAAAAAAAGAGAAAAAUAAGUUUUUAUAAUUAUUAUAGUGGAUUUAAAACAUAAAAUUAGAGUAAUAUAAUGAAUUCCCAUAUACUACUACACACCUUCAACAAUUUAUGAUUGAUCUUAACUAUCCCUACAUAAGUUCUCUAUUUCUUUAAUUAAUUUUGGAGCAGAUCUCAGAAGUUAAACCCUUUCUUCUAUAAAGAUUUCAGUAUAUAUCUUAAAAAGGGAAGGACUGUCAAUUUUUUAUUCACCCACAAAGACCAUCAAGGAAACCUGUUUAUCAAACAAAACUGAGUUAUUAAACCUGUAGCAAGGAAGCACAUCAACUUAAUACAAUCUUGGUGAGAAUUCAGAAGGGGGAUGUUGGGGCGCCUGGCUGACUCAGUUGGUUAAGCGUCUGCCCUCAGCUCAGGUCAUGAUCCCAGGGUCCUGGGAUG